AUGCCUUCCAAGCCAUCGAAGGCGUGGGGGCCCAUUUUCGAUGAACACGAGAACCAGCCAGGCCAACUGCCCAAGUUCACGGCAGACGACGCUUCGCGCAAGACUUUGGCUCCAGUGCAAGGAAACGGACUUCGGCCCCGGCACGCUCUUCCGGGGCGAGAAAUACAGCGCGUGCGACAUGCAUGUGUCGCUCAGCCAGCCGAAGCCGACUGGAGGCAGGAAGUCCCGCCCCUUUGUGUGUUUCUGCUGCCGGACCGACAUCGAUCCCGGUGUCCAGUACAUCCGGCCGACAAAACGAACGGUGACAGUACCCAAAAGAUCCACUACAUCCACGGGGAUGGGUCCGAGUGUGUCGGCAAGGAAGUUCCCGAGGACAACACCGUCCCUUGCGCUGGGCGUGUCCGCGCCGACGUCGUCCUCCAUGGUAUGGGGGCGGGCAAGCCGCAGUACUUCUACUGCACCAGGUGCGCCUACACCAAGAGGGCGGCCAUCAAUAUCGACGUCCAGGAAUUCUCCGAGAUCAAGCGCCUCGAGCGCAUGAACGGCAGGACGCCCAGCACGACCGUUGGCGCUUGA